AAUCCCACCAAUUAUGAACCAUAUGAGUUCAAACUCUCGGAUAAAUUCCGUAAACUGGCCAAGGAGGAACUUCGCGAGGACGAUGAAAUCCGGGAACAGGCCCUGGCCAAGCUGAGGGAAUGGAUCGCAAAGCAUCCUUACAUCCGCAAGUGUCGAACCGAUGCCAACUUUCUGUUACGGUUUUUGCGAUUUCGGAAGUUUUCGAUCCCACAGGCCCAGGAGGCCAUCGAGAAGUAUUUGGUCAUGAGACAAACUUUCCCAAAGUGGUUCCAGAAGCUAGACUGUAACGAACAGCUGAUGCGAAGUGCGAUCGAUGAUGGCGUGCUGAUCCCAUUGGGACAAGAUGAGGAAGGUCGACAGGUCAUUUGGGCUCAUUUCGGAAACUUCGAUGUGGAGAAAAUGGAUCCGAUAGCAGAGUUUCGAUACACGAUGAUGUUCAUGGAAAUGAUGCUGGAAGAUGAGGAGUUCCAGAUUGCCGGCGUCAGAGGUUGGGUAGAUUAUUCGAACAGCACCAUGAAACAUUACGGGAUCUGGGGUAUUUCGGAUAUGAAACUGCUGAUGGAAGCUGUCAAUCACAUGAUACCGUUUCGUAUUCGAGGGAUACACGGAGUCAAGCUUCCCAAAUACGCUGUAGCCAUUGCCAAUCUUUGUCUAUCCUUUGCGUCACCAAAACUCAAAUCAAGAAUAAGUUGCCACAGUACGGUUCUCGAUUCGAAAAAGCACUUUGAGCAAUCGCUCUGGCCUCGCGAAUACGGUGGCCUGGUGGAUGUGGACCAGAAGUUACGGGAGGUCAAGCGACGGUUGGCCGAAAGAAGGGAAGCGAUUUUGGCCCUCGACGAUAUGGAAAUUGAUAUCGAGCACUAUUCUUCGCAAUGGGAACAUCACCUGAAGAAAGAUUCGCACAUUCAGAAAGUGGAAAUCGAUGCCGGGGUUGCCGGUUGCUUCCGGAAGUUGGAGGUUGACUAG